ACCAAGAUUCGAGUUCGAUUUAACCCGACCCGAACCUUUAUCCAUUAGUUUCCUCUGGUCACAAUUCCUGAAACAGAGAAACAGGCGAAGAUACUUCUUCACAGUGGCUUCUUGGUUCACAGAAUCUCUCUCUUGUCUCAAAGAACACAAGGACAGGUAGAAAGAUGUUGGCAUCCAUGGCCACACAGCCCAAAAUCCAAACCCACUUACAACCCUCAACAUUUCCUUCACAGAGCCUCCUGCGUAAACCCCUUAAAACCCCUAUAUUCUCUAUCAAACCAAAACCUUCUUGUUUUCACUUAAAAUCCCUUUCUACUCUCAAAACCCCAGCAAGACUCAAACUUUCUGCUCCAAAAGCUCAACAAACACUCCCUGAAGAAGAAAAAGAAAACGAAACAUCCACUGAGAAAGAGAAGCUUGGAGUGGUGGUGAAGCCAAUAGAGAAACCAAGAGUAGUAUUGAAGUUCAUUUGGAUGCAGAAGGUAAUUGGAAUUGCACUAAACCAAGUGAUACCAGGCCAUGGCACAAUCCCUUUGAGUCCCUACUACUUUUGGCCCAAGGAAGAUGCUUGGGAGCAGCUUAGACUAUUGUUAGUAGGCAAGCCAUGGAUAUCGCGGAAGCAAUUGCAUGCUCUUCUCAAUCAGGCUACUGAUAUCAUUGAAUUGUGGCAGGAUACAGGUUCCAAUCAAUAGUAAUUUACUUACAAAUACAGAGAAGUUUUAAAAUUUAGGCUUAAUGUGGUAUAGUUUGGUUCACAGUAAAAUAUUACAUUAGAUUUAUUUGGAUUGUUUGGACUGUCUUUGUUAAAAUUAAUGAAACACGGGGUUGCUUAUUCUUUCUGCAAUUUGUAUAUCGUGCCCUAGAAGACAAUUUACUGGAGUGUGAUGUGAUAUGAUUUCUUUGUUUGCCAUUCUUAAUCAACAAGUUCAAGUUGCAUA